UUCAUCACAAUCUUUCAAAGAAGAGGGCUGAGCUGAUAGUCUACUCACUAAUCAUAUUCUUCAGAUAUAUAUCGUAUCUCUUAGAUAGUUUAGUUUACAGUCAGUUGCAGAAGAAAUGUCUACCAUCGUUGUAGCACUCCUGGUUUUCCUGACUAUCCAUGGAGCCUCAGGUAUCAGUCCUAGAUGCCAAUGCCUCUUUAAGGAGAAAAGGCCAAUUGGACGUUUCAUAAGCACCGUGGAUAUUUACCCUGCAAACUCCUACUGCAAAAGCACUGAGAUUAUUGCUACUCUCAAGAAGGAGGGGCAAAGGAUUUGUCUGGACCCCAAUGCUCCAUGGGUCAAACAAGUGCUUAAAAGUAAAAAGAUUACGCAGACACCUUGAAGAAUAUACCUUCCCUGAUUUGGCUAAGAUGGACAGAGGAUAGACACAUGGAAAAUAGAAGCACAGACUGCAGUUAUAGAACAUAAACUGGGUUUUGUUUGAAGGUGUAGAAGCAGGAUUGUUUAUACCCGUUUUCACUUUACAGCACUUAACUGUGUUCUCUUAUUAUUGAUGUGAACUAUCUGUGUUUGUAUUUCCUUAAAAAUAUAUCCUUAUAUACAUUACAUGUUCAUUUAUUAAUACAUUGUGGGGAUAAACCUUAUUAACUAACGGUAAGGAGGGACUAGAUAGUGGGCAAUGAGGACAGAGCACAACAGCAAGUCAUGAAAUGGGUUUAAAACUUUAUUAGAAGAGUUGGCAUUUAAUGGUUUGUAUAUCACAUAUGACUGUGUGACUGUUCCAUGUGCUGUGCUACAUACCAUACAUUUUGUCAAGGACAUUUUUGCUGCCUUUGAAAUGUCAGGAAAAAAUUGUGGAAAAAUAAAUCUAUUCAUCCAUUUUCUUAACUGGUUAUCCAAUGCAGAGUCAUGGUGGGGCUGGAAUCCUGCCCAAAAUGUCAUAGGGUGAGAGGUUAACAGGUACAGUCUAUUCAGGUAUAUUGUCCAUUGCAGGGUAAAGCAAAAAGGAGAAUUUCUUGGAUUGUGUCAUGUAGACUAUGGCACACAGUGAGAUUAUAUUUUCAAUGGAAGGAGAUUGCCACCUCUUGGACAAAGAUGCAUACCAUUAGGAUUGUCUCAUUUACUGAAUACCUCUAUAGCAGCUGAAAGCAAUUAUGUUCUUUCAAAAUUAAACAGUUUUUACUGUGCCCUUUUCAAGAAAAAUCCUUAGCUGGUGUAUAACCAUAGUCAUUUAUGCUUCUUCUGAGCUGACUGCAGAACAACUAGUAUUUUAGUUUUAAACACAGUAACAAAGUUAACAAUUAAAAAAAUGUACUAUGUGCUUGUUUUGUAUCAUCACUGCUGCUUUGAAUAAAGGCUUAUGAAUAAAGGAAA